GGUGAACGGGAAGUAAUGAUAACUGUCACCUCCUCCUUUUAUCUGUGUUUUCUCCAGCAGAAAGCAAGAGAGAGGUAAUUUUUUGGACUUAAUGGAGUCAGAAGGACCCCCAGACUUAGAGAGUUCAGAACAAACAGUGUUUUUACCACAAGAGGAAGUAGAAGUUAAUGAAGAAAAUGAAGGUGACAAAGAAUCAGAGGACACGGGCACAGUCAAUCCUCUCUUACAGCCUGCUCUCACAGGGGAUGUAGAAGGUCUGCAGAAGAUUUUGGAUGACCCUGAGAACCCUCAUCAUGAACAUGCCAUGCAGUUACUUUUGGAAGAAGACAUCGUUGGGAGAAAUUUGUUGUAUGCAGCUUGCAUGGCUGGACAAAGUGAUGUGAUUAGAGCUUUGGCAAAAUAUGGUGUGAAUCUGAAUGAAAAAACUGCCAGAGGUUACACACUCUUACACUGUGCAGCAGCUUGGGGUCGCUUGGAAACUUUGAAAGCACUAGUGGAACUGGAUGUUGAUAUAGAAGCUUUAAAUUUCCGACAAGAAAGAGCUCGAGAUGUUGCUGCUCGGUAUUCUCAGACUGGAUGUGUUGAAUUCCUGGAUUGGGCAGAUGCGAGGCUAACUCUGAAAAAAUAUAUUGCUAAGGUCUCUGCAGGUGUUACAGACACAGAAAAGGGACAAACGAAGCUCUUAAAGGAAGACAAGAACACCAUCCUUAAUGCGUGUCGUAUAAAAAAUGAGUGGUUGGAAACCCAUUUGGAAGCUUCCAUUAAUGAGAUUUUUGAACAGAAACAGCAAUUGGAAGACACUGUAACUCUUAUCUACACAAAAAUGUCUACACCACGUCAAGUGAAAAGUGCCAAAUCUGUAUCCUAAGCUGUGGUCAGAAAAGAAGUCAAGAUCAUACCUCCCACCUAACAUGUAUUUUAUUAAAGUAUUUUUCGAGUAUUUUUAAGAGCAAACCUAUUUGUGCCAAUUGAAGUUAGGAAAAUAGAUGUUAGGUUUUAUAAUACCAUUUAGGUAUGAAACGAAAACACCCAGUUUUGUCUUACUCUAUUCAGUGUGCUUGUACCCACUCUCCCACCUGACUCAUGCACAUCAUGUGAAUUCCGUGGGCUCCUUCCUGAGGGCACUUUGGGAUGAAUCCCAAAGCCUGUCUGGAAGCUCUAAGAUCUAUUUAGAGGAUCUAGCACAUUUUGCAUGACUAAAGCAUGAAAUUGUCAUUCAGCUGAGGGAGUCUUUAAGAAGAGGCCUAUUUCCAGUGGGAUAUUUAUUUUCCCUCUCUAAGAUGGAAAGUGAUGGGAAGAAAUCGGGAAGAAAUCCAGAGGAAAGAAAUACUAAGAAUGGUUUGGAUCAGAGUUCUUGACUUCUACAAUGUUUUUUAUGUUCAAAUGAAAAUUCACCUGUAAGGUGGGAUAUGGUUAGAAAACUUUCUUAUUUCCUUGCCUUUUACGUCCUUCUAUCUUUAAAUUAAAAAACACAAAUCUAAAGAAUCUAAAGUUUUAUCUUUAGGUUUCCCCUAUUCAAUCAGUCUGGCAAUACAGAUAUUGUCACUGGAACCCAUGUUGCUUUUCCUUCUAUUAUAUAAUGUUUGGAUUUUGAAUGUAAUUGCUGGUUUCUCAUUAGUGAUUUGGAGUGUUAUUUGUUCUAAUGUUGCUUGUUACUAAUUAACCCUCAAGC